AUGAAUACAAAUAAAAUAACAAACUCUACCUCCGUCACUAAUACAAAGCAAAAAACCCGGAAUUUUACAGGGUGUUGGGCUUGUAGGUAUAAAAAAAGGAAAUGCGAUGAAACUAGACCAAUAUGUUCGUUAUGCGUAAAACAUAAUGAUAGUUGCGAAUAUGACGUUAAAUUAAUUUGGUCUAAUUAUAAUCUAUACACAGUUAAUGAACAAGACAAACUAUGCACUAUACACAAUAAUACACAUUCCACAAUAACCAUCGUCCCUCAAGCUAACAAACAGAAUUUUGGUGAUAACAACACUACUUUUAAAAAUAAUAAUAAUAAUAACAGCAAGUGUAAAAAAAUACAGAGCUCCAAUUCUUACACUAUAAGUGAUAGAAGAUAUAAAGUUUAUAAAAAUCAGCAAAAUAGUUUGAUUCAUGGUGCUAAAUGUAAAUCUGAUAAUGGUAACGCCUAUCAAGCGUGUGUUAAUGAAAAAAUGAAUUUUUUGUUACAAGAACUGGAAAGCCAAAUUGUCUCUGCUAAGCACAUAGUAUCUAAUACUAAUACAACUUUUUUCCAAUGUGGUCCUUUUGGAUGCUUCCCUGUAAGUGGUAGAAACAAAACUGUAAAGGGGAAAGACGUAGCAACAUUGUUGGCUGUACCACCAUCUCCUAUUAAAUCAUUUACGGUUUUAAACAAUGACAAAAAAUUAAUUUCAGAUACACCGGUCAGUGUUGAGUCAUAUUAUAUGUCACAAAACGAAUAUCAGUAUCUUGUAAUUAAAUCACCAUGUUCCACGAGUUCAUUAGUAGACGAACCAGCAACAAACAAUUUUUCUGGGACUCCAAGUUCAUUUCACCUCCAGGAAACUGCUUUGCUUUCUCCUGAUUUCGAUGCUUUUUGGGAUUCAAAUGUACUAUUGAAUUCCCCAUGCCUAGAAACAUAUCCAGAGUCAAGCAAUGCCGUUAAAAAUAUAAAUGUUGUUCAUAAUAACAAUCUUUUCUGUGAUUUCAACGGCAAAAAUGAUUUUUUUGAUUUGGCCUUUUUCCCUGAAUUAUUCAAUGCUGAUGAUAAAUACUAUAUUGAAAUAUUUUUUGAAUUUAAAUGGGAACAAAAAGUUUCUCCUCUCUUUCCUAAUAAAUUACUUGAGGCUAAUUUUAUUUCAUUAUUAAAUGAUUUAUAUUUACAGCCCAGUAAUGUAUAUUAUCAAGAUUUAAUUGAUUUGCUUAAAAAUGAAGCCGUCUUUGAAAAUUUGUUAACUAGUAAUCUAAUAAAACUUAGACUACUUUCUUUUAAUACGACUAAAAAUAAGAACGGUUGGUUGGUUGACACAAUAAAUAUAAUAUUCCUAAUAAAAAUUGGGCAAUCUGAUAGCAAUACAAAUGGUACCUUGAAUAAUUAUCUAUUUAAGUGGUUAAAGGAUUUUUCGCUAAAUUGGUCUUUUUAUUUUGGUAGCGAUGUUUUUAUAAAUUCUUCAAUAAAUUUAUCUAUUUUUUUACCACUGAUUGAGUUUGCAACUAAAGACACUAGCAUAGAAAUAACAAAAUAUUUAUUGUAUCAUGAAAUUAUAUGCAAGCUAAAGCAUUCGAUGAAUCAUUUAUUUGAGUUGAAUGAUAAUGAAAAGGAUGGAAAUUUUGAUACCUGGUUAUUGAAUUUAAAAAAUACUAUAGAAUUUAAAAUAAUUAAUCGAUUGGAAGACAAUUUUAUAAAUCCAAAUAAUAUUUAG